AAAUAGAAGCAGCCAUCUUGCAUUGUAAACGGAAAAACUGACAUGGCAUCUUCCUUACAUUGCUCGAGCGAAUUGUGCUAAGGAUUUACCAGUUGUAAAAGACGAAAAAUCGUAUUAAAACGAAAAUUAAUCAGAAGAUCCAAAGUUGUACGCUUAAAUCAAUAAAAUGCCGGCCGUACCAGGCAUGUAUCAACAAGCUCCUUCAUGCUGGGAUAGGAUGAAGCUUGGUUUUAUGAUCGGAUUUUGUGUUGGUAUGGCAUCUGGUGUUCUGUUUGGCGGGUAUUCUGUUGUUAGAUAUGGACUAAGAGGAAGGGAAUUGAUAAACAACGUUGGAAAAGCGAUGAUUCAAGGUGGUGGAACAUUCGGAACAUUCAUGGCCAUAGGAAGCGGAAUAAGAUGCUAGUAUUUGAAGACUGAUACAUUGGAGAUUUAGGAUACAAAAAAGUGUAGUAUUUCAAGAUAUUCUGUUAAUUUCUUAAUAAAAAGUUUCUAUGGAGCAAGGCCAUACCUUCCAUUGCAACUACAGUGGUAUCAUCCAUAGGGUUUGUCUUUCCUGGGAUGUUUAGACCAAAACUCAAAUGGCGAAUCUUGUGGGUCAUGUUAAAUUGCGUUGAUGUGUAUGGUUUGACAUCAUGCACUAUAAUCAAAAUAAAGAUCAUAAUAUUAUUA